AUGGCGACGGAGACUUCCAAGUACAAGCUUAACCACACCAUGCUCCGGGUCAAGGACCCAAAGAAGUCCGUGGAAUUCUACAAGUUCCUGGGCCUCAGCCAAAUCCAGCAGCUCGACUUCCCCGACAACAAGUUCUCCCUUUACUUCCUCGCGUACAACGGCGCCCAAUCGCUGCAGGGCGACCGUCACUGGACAGACCGCAAUGGCGUGUUGGAACUGACGCACAACUACGGAACGGAGAAUGACCCCAACUACAGCGUGGCCAAUGGCAACACCGAGCCCCACCGUGGCUUUGGACACAUUGCUGUCUCGGUGGACAACAUCGAGGUCGCAUGCAAGAGACUCGAGGACGCCGGCUACCCGUUCCAGAAGAAACUGACCGAUGGUCGGAUGAAGAACAUUGCGUUUGCCAAAGACCCCGAUGGAUACUGGGUCGAGAUCAUCCGUCGCCACGACCAGGAUGUCGGGACGGCGACCGACCCCAGCAGCUACCGGCUCAACCACACGAUGCUCCGCGUCAAGUCCGCCGAGACCAGCCUGAAGUUCUACCAGGAGGUCAUGGGCAUGACGCUCCUGCGCACCAGCGAGAACAAAGAUGCCGCUUUCAACCUCUACUUCCUGGGAUACCCCAACUCCAACCCCAAGCAGCAGGAGGGUGUCAGGAAUCCGGUCGCGGAGUGGGAAGGCCUCCUCGAACUGACUUGGAACUACGGUACGGAGAAGCAGGAGGGGAAGGUGUACCAUGACGGAAACAGCGAGCCGCAAGGCUUCGGACAUAUCUGUGUCUCGGUCGAUGAUCUCAACGCCGCCUGCGACCGCUUCGAGUCGCAGAAUGUCAACUGGAAGAAGCGCCUGACCGACGGGCGCAUGAAGAACGUGGCCUUCGUGCUCGAUCCCGAUGGAUACUGGAUUGAGGUGAUCCAGAACGAGACCCUGAAGCGCAGCAGUAACUGGUAA